AGGAGGCGGUGACAUGGCGGACAGCGGGGUGGAGGAGACGGGGGGGUCGGGCGGGCUGGCACUGCUGGGCCUAGUCCCCGGUGCUCCCAGCUGCCCGCACGGUCCCGCUCUUCUCUUUGUAAAGACCAGCCAAGGCAAAGAGGAGGGAAGAAGAUUCUAUGCGUGUUCUGCUUGUAGGGAUAGAAAAGAUUGUAACUUUUUCCAGUGGGAAGAUGAGAAGGUGUCAGAAACUAGGCUUGCAGCACGUGAGGAAUAUAACAGAAACCGUCAGCCUUUUUUUACACACAGACAGAAUGUGGAAAGGUACAAGGAUUUUGUUCUGUUGCCGUUAUCAAAGAGGCGGUUUUGCCAGGAAUGCCAGCAAUUGCUAUUGCCAGCUGAAUGGGGAAAACACUCGGAGCACCAGUUCCUGUGUGAUAUCUCCACUGCCCAGUUAAAAAGCCCCAGUCAACUUCUGUAUCCGCUGGAGAAUAAAAAAACAAAUGCACAGUAUUUAUUUGCAGACAGAAGUUGCCAGUUCCUGCUGGAUCUCAUUAUUGAUUUGGGAUUCAGACGAGUGCUCUCUGUUGGAACACCCAGGCUUCAUGAAAUCAUCCAGUCAAAAGCAUCACAAGAAGAAGAUUUCAGGGUUAGAAGCCUUCUGCUAGAUAUUGAUUUCAGGUAUUCACAGUUUUAUGCAGAAGAUGAAUUCUGCCACUACAACAUGUUUAAUCAUCAUUUUUUUGGUGGAGAGGCUGCACGUGAAACUUGCAGGAAAUUCUUGUGUCAGGACAAUGGUGAAAGAGUCAUUAUGGUAACUGAUCCCCCAUUUGGAGGUCUAGUGGAAGCACUGGCUUCUAGUUUUAAAAAGCUGAUGGCCAUGUGGAAGGAGACAGAAAAAGAAGGUCCUAACAACCAAGAGAUGCCCAUGUUCUGGAUAUUUCCUUACUUCUUUGAGUCUCGUAUCCUGGAGUUUUUCCCCAGCUUCAGUAUGAUGGAUUACCAGGUAGACUAUGAUAAUCAUGCACUUUAUAAACACGGCAAGACAGGUCGUAGACAAUCCCCUGUCCGUAUCUUCACGAACCUCACCCCGAAUAUGAUUGUCCUUCCUGUGGAAGAGGGGUACAGGUUUUGCGCUCUAUGUCAGCGGUAUGUCAGUUCUGGUAACCAGCACUGUGAGAUAUGCAAUUCAUGUACGUCAAAAGAUGGUAGACGAUGGAAACAUUGCGUCCUUUGCAAAAAAUGUGUAAAACCCUCUUGGUUCCACUGCAGCAAUUGCCACCGCUGCGCUCUUCCAAACCACUCCUGUGAGAGGACCAACGCCGGCUGUUUUGUCUGCGGCCGGGCAGGUCACAAACGCAGCGCCUGUCCCAGCCUCUCCCGCGCCGGGACAGCCUGCCAAGCUGGCAAAAAGCAGAGGCAGAAAACUCAGAAGAGGAUGAAGGUGGGGAUCAGUAAAAGAUCAGCUGUGAAGCGUGCCGUGUUCUCCAGGAAGAAGAUAAAGAAUAAGAAAAAAAAGACGUGAUUUUGCUUGCUGGUGCUUAGUUAUGUUUGUUUGUGGUGGUUUUUUUAUGGCCAGCCUUUGAUUCCAUUGUCUAAAAAUGUUAAUAUUAACAUCCAAAAUAAAACUGAUUGAGAGUGA